CUACUACUGCCGUCUUCCUCUUCUAUCCCACUCUCUCUCACUCUCUGUCUGUUAUUCUUCAUUACUAAGCUCUCCCUCUCUCUCUCUCUCUCUCUCUCUCGCCGUGAAGAAGUUCGCCGCGAACAAGUUCACUCUCUAAAAGAAAAGCUGAAAAGCUUUUCGAGUCGAUGGCAUCAACUUUUACAGCCAUGUCUUCAAUUGGCUCCUUUGCUGCUCCUAACUGCCAUGUUAUGGAUAAGAAAUUUGCUCUUCCUUCGGACAAGUUGUCAUCUUCUGCUUCCAUUUCUUCGUGUUCAUUUGUUAGGAGACAGAAUGUGAUGUCACGAAGAAAUCGCUCUCCCAAGAUUUGUGCCAUGGCAAAGGAAUUGCAUUUCAACAAGGACGGCUCAGCUAUUAAGAAACUGCAAACUGGUGUGAACAAGCUUGCAGAUCUGGUUGGGGUUACCCUUGGUCCAAAGGGCAGGAAUGUUGUUCUGGAAAGCAAAUAUGGCUCCCCAAAAAUAGUCAAUGAUGGUGUUACCGUGGCAAAAGAGGUCGAGUUGGAGGACCCAGUUGAGAACAUCGGUGCUAAGUUAGUGAGACAAGCAGCUGCCAAGACCAAUGAUUUGGCUGGUGAUGGAACCACCACGUCUGUAGUUCUUGCACAAGGUCUUAUUGCUGAGGGUGUCAAGGUGGUGGCAGCUGGUGCAAACCCUGUUUUAAUUACUCGAGGUAUUGAGAAGACCGCAAAAGCUCUAGUGUCUGAGCUUAAGUUGAUGUCAAAAGAGGUUGAAGACAGUGAGCUGGCUGAUGUGGCAGCAGUUAGUGCUGGAAACAACUAUGAAGUUGGAAAUAUGAUAGCUGAAGCCAUGAGUAAGGUGGGUCGUAAGGGUGUGGUGACACUAGAAGAAGGGAAAAGUGCUGAGAAUAGCCUCUAUGUUGUUGAAGGAAUGCAAUUUGACCGUGGUUACAUCUCACCUUACUUUGUCACAGAUAGUGAGAAAAUGGCAGUUGAAUAUGAAAAUUGCCAGUUGCUUCUUGUUGAUAAGAAAAUAACAAAUGCAAGAGAUCUUAUCAACGUUCUGGAGGAAGCUAUUAAAGGUGGAUACCCAGUUUUGAUAAUUGCAGAAGACAUUGAACAAGAAGCUCUUGCAACUCUGGUUGUGAACAAGCUUAGAGGAGCUCUGAAGAUUGCUGCGCUUAAAGCCCCUGGUUUUGGAGAGCGCAAGAGCCAAUACCUUGAUGACAUUGCCAUUCUCACUGGAGGAACUGUAAUCAGAGAUGAGGUGGGGCUUACCUUAGACAAAGUUGGCAAGGAGGUUCUCGGUCAUGCUUCUAAGGUGGUGCUUACCAAGGACACUACUACGAUUGUUGGUGAUGGAAGCACACAGGAAGCAGUAAACAAGAGAGUUGCACAGAUUAGAAAUCUAAUUGAGGCUGCAGAGCAAGACUAUGAGAAGGAAAAAUUAAAUGAAAGGAUUGCGAAAUUGUCAGGUGGUGUUGCUGUGAUACAGGUUGGUGCACAAACUGAGACAGAGCUCAAAGAAAAGAAACUGAGAGUCGAAGAUGCUCUCAAUGCAACAAAGGCUGCGGUUGAGGAAGGUAUUGUAGUUGGUGGUGGAUGCACCUUGCUAAGACUUGCAUCAAAGGUGGAUGCCAUCAAGGACAGCCUCGACAAUGAUGAAGAAAAGGUUGGAGCAGAUAUUGUCAAAAGGGCUUUGAGUUACCCUUUGAAAUUGAUUGCCAAGAAUGCUGGUGUUAAUGGAAGUGUGGUUAGCGAGAAGGUGCUUUCCAGCGACAACUUUAAAUAUGGAUAUAAUGCAGCAACUGGAAAAUACGAAGAUUUAAUGGCUGCGGGAAUAAUUGAUCCAACUAAGGUGGUCAGGUGUUGCCUUGAGCAUGCAGCCUCGGUGGCAAAAACAUUCUUGAUGUCAGAUUGUGUAGUUGUUGAAAUCAAGGAGCCUGAAGCAGUGCCUGCUGGGAACCCCAUGGACAAUUCAGGAUACGGCUACUAAGGUGGAUUGACGACAAAGGUGGAACCUGUGUGGUAGCCAAAGAGAUGCUAGGGUUUUUUUUUUUUUUUUUGGUAAAAUUAUUUAUGUGCCAGUAAAACAUAAGAUUCUGGUGAGGCUAGCUCGCUGGAGUGAGGCAUAUUUUCCAGGCUUAAAGAAUAAAGAGUAAUGCCAUUACAUGUUCAACGUUGGGUCUAUAUGCGAAUGCUUUUUUGGUGAUUUUCAUGUAAUUUUUUUUUUCCCAUAUCAGCUAAUCAGCUUGCAUGCGUGUAUAAAUCUUGUGAGACCCAAAAUUUUAAAUGACAUGGCACCGUGUAUUUUGUUAGGUAGGACAGAAAAGAGGAAAACAAGUGCAGCCAAAUACUAUUAAAAGGGAAUAAUCAGGAUCCACAUCGAAUAGCUUAUGCAGUACUCUAGUUGGGCAUGGUAGAGUGCCAUCCACAAUACCCAAAUGAUCAAUCCAAAGAGCAGGAAGAAACUGAGAAAUUCAUAAAAGAUGGCUACAACCAUGGAGUUUGGCAGAUUUAUAAGGUGAGAAAUAUUUUGAAAGACAAAUGUUGCGGAAGAAGAGCUCGAAUCGGCUAUAGAAAGAAUCUUGGAAUUGGUGUGAGCCGAAGGGCUCUGAUUUAACACAAUGAGAUGAAUUUCGCAGCUUAAAAUUUACUGUAUAUGGAAGUGUCUUCAAAUAGACUACAGGGAAGCCGAAACUCCUCUUUCAGCCAUUGCUAGUGUUCAAUUUACAGGCAGUAUACUUUUUUUUUUUUAUUUUUUUUUUAUUUACUUUAUAUUUUAAUAUUCAACAAAAGGUUGGAGGGAGAGACCAA